AUGUGGGCCGGAGAUGGUCUGCCACCUCAAGCGCACCUUGUACAAGCUGCGCCAGGGCCGCGUGCGUGGCACAUGCGCCUGAAGGAGGAGCUCGUGGCGUUCAUGGCGCACGCAGCGCUUUUCACGAGGAUUGUAGCCGGGGAGCAGGUCUACCUCGUGGUGUUAGUGAACGACAUCCUCGUGGCGGCUCGUGGAGCGGAGCGAAUUGCGAAGGUGAAGGCGCACUUGGCAGAGAAGUUCGACAUGCGCGAUCGGGGGGCGGCGACGUACUCCCUCGGAAUGGAGCUGACAUGCGACAGGAAGGCGCGCAUGCACCCAGAAGCUGACGUAGAAGAGGCUGACGGGAGAGCUAUCGGACGUUACGGACAAGCGGAAGCGCGGGCGGGGGGACAAGUUAACGAAGGAGGGCCCGACAUCGCACAGUCGGUGGGCGCGCUUGCGCACUACAUGGCGGGGCCGACGAAGGCGCACUGGCGGGCGGCGCUUGAAGUUGUGCGCUCCUUGGCAGAGAUGGCAGAGGACGUGCGAUCGAAGCACAAUGACGUGAUUCAUCAGUUUGCACGGGAGCGCAUGGCACGCAAGGAGGUCGCGUUCGCGUACUGCAAGACGGAGGACAUGAAGGCGGACAACAUGAUUGAGGCGCUGGCACCGGGGAAGUUCGAGGAGUGCAAGAGCGAGAUAUCAAUCGCAUAG